CUCAUCUUUGCUCAAGCUUUCUUCCUCCCCAUGGCAACUCUCUCUCAAGUCAUUAUCUAGCUUUUUUAUAUUAUUUAUUAUUACUUCUUUUACACUUCUUUAUAUGGAUAUUGGGACUCAUGUUCCCGGGUCGGUUACUAGUAAUGUAAACGGGUCACCAGAUCUGAAAGAAGACAGAUCCGGUUUGCCACGAAGCUCAAAGCUAGCAAAGACAACUUCAAUGGCAGAAGACAAGAGCUUGUCUUCCCCUUACGCAGCUGCUUACAGCAAGUCGUUGGGGUUCCCACUUAUGAGAUCUGCUUCUGACUCUCUCCGACAAGAACAGAUGCUUAGCUUCUCAGACAAACCAGAAGCUCAAGACUUCAGUAAAUAUGUCUGUUUGGAUAACAAGAACUCUCUCUCGCCGUUUCUCCACCAGUUCCCACCUCAAUAUAGAAGCUACUCAGGAGGAGGAUAUGGUUGUGGUGGAAUGAUGAUGAGCAUGCAGGGGAAAGGACCUUUUACAUUGACUCAAUGGGCUGAGCUAGAACAACAGGCGUUGAUCUACAAGUAUAUCACAGCCAAUGUCCCUGUUCCUUCUAGUUUGCUCAUCUCUAUCCAGAAGUCCUUUUUCCCUUAUGGAUCUUUGCCUCCUAGCUCUUUUGGAUGGGGAACUUUUCAUCUAGGUUUCGCAGGAGGUAACAUGGAUCCUGAGCCAGGGAGAUGCCGUAGAACAGAUGGGAAGAAAUGGAGGUGCUCAAGAGAUGCUGUUCCUGAUCAGAAAUACUGUGAAAGACACAUCAACAGAGGCCGUCACCGUUCAAGAAAGCUUGUGGAAGUCCAAUCUAACCAGACCGCUGCUGCAUCCAAAGCGGUUACAGCGCAGCAACAGUCCGUGGCUGCUGGCGGUAUUAACCGUAACCGCAGUCUCACCACCGCAGCUCAAUACAUCAAUCCGUCUAACAAUAGAGUCCGGAGCCAGGUGUAUCCAUCCACCGUUAACUUGCAACCCAAGGAAUCUCCUAAACAGAGAAACAACAACAGCUCUUUUGAGUUUGGACACAUAUCCUCUGAUUCAUUGGUGAACCCGCACAACCACAGCUCAUGGCCCGAAGAGCUGAAGUCAGACUGGACGCAGCUUUCAAUGUCAAUUCCAGUAGCAUCAUCAUCAUCAUCAUCUCCUUCCUCCACUGGUGAAGACAAAGCCACUCUGUCACCUCUCAGGCUAUCGCAGGAGUCUGAGCAGGAAACGACACUCAAAAAGUCUACGGUGGUACAAGGUUCCAUUUCUGCGAUUCGACAGCUUACGUUUAGAGGACGUUUAACCGAAGGAUCUGUUUACACUUUGAGCGGGUUUGAUGUCACACGCAGCAACCCCAAAUUCAGGUUGACCGACGGGCCUGUAUCCAUUUGUUUCAAUGAUGGAACCGCUUUUGAAAAGCUAGCAACCACUGUUAGGAUCAUACCGACCGAACACUUCCGUUUCCGACCGUAUGAACAGCUAAUUGAGUUAGCAAACACUGGCAAACAACUCCCUGACGUAAUGGGGGAGCUCCGUGCAAUUAGGAGCACAAUAACCGAUCAUAUACCCGGGGCUCAGCGCGUGAUGCUUACCUUGCGUCUGGAAAGUGAUGUGAAUGUUUGUGUUAGCCUGUUUGAUUCUCUGGCUCUGGCAUUUCAUAGCAAGCUGGAUUUAUACGGAAGGGAGCCAAGAAUUGUUCUUGUCACAGGCAAGUUAUAUUUGAAUGGUACUUCUGCUACACGUGUUUACUUCGACUCUGAGACCGUAGUAGGAAAAGAUGAGUUUGACAGAUUGCCAGAUGUUGGGACAGAACAGUCAGGGUCUUCAUCAAAGGUUGUUCACGCUCAAAAGAUUGAACUUCUCACUGUUGCUGAGCUUACCCAAUUUGUUAUCUCCGGUGAUCCUCAGAUCAUUGAGUUUCUCUGUACUGCUAAAGUAACUGAGAUUCAGCAAUCUGAGGGUUGGUGUUAUAUUGGCUGCGCCGUUUGUUCAAAGAAACUCAUCCGCGAGGAAUCGUCGUUCACAUGUGCCCCGUGCAAUGUAACCAAUGCCGUGGCUAAACUCAGGUAUAGAGUGGUUCUUUCUGUAUCAGACAACACAGGCUCAGCGGCUUUCGUUGGCUUUGAUACAGAGGUUGCUAAACUGACUAAUGUUCUGGCUUCUGAGGCUGCACAGAUUGUGGGGAUUGGAAUCAAUGCUCAGGUGGACACUGACCUUCCUCAAGCUCUCGCUGGUAUUGUUGGGAACACCUAUACCUUCCAGCUCAGGCUAACAGACUUCAAUUUCACUGCAAACCACCAAACCUUCACAAUUUCCCGCAUAUUCCCAGCACGAGAGCUUGCACCCCUCCCAACCUUUGAGGAAGGUGUAGAUGUUCAUGAGCCAGCAGUUCCUCAGACCGUAGCACCUGUCUCUGAUCCCAUAAAUGAAAUCACGAUCAAUGUUGCAGAUCAGGCGACCACGUCUGAGGGUUCACUUGCAGUGCGUCGUGAAGCAGCAGAAGGGAAAACUGAUCUGGAGGAGAGUGCCCCGAAGAAAGCACGUGUGGAAUAAUCCCUACUCUAGAGCCCGAGCAACCACGUUUUAUAUUUCAAUUAAUGUUUAAUCAAACUGAGCUUCGCUCCUAUCCCUUUCUUUUAAAGAAACUCUGUCACGUGGUUGUGUGUUUGCUUUUAUCAAAUAAGAUCUUUUGCUCAUUGACAA